CAUUGGACAACCAGAAAAAUCUUUACAAGUUGACUAUGGAGUUACCUUCUAGCCUUGAAGAUUUGGACCCCAAAUUUGUCACACGUUGCUCACUGAUAGAGAUCGAAGGAGUUUCUUUGCCCACCACAACUGCAAAAUAUUGGGAUCGGAUAAAGAGCUUCCAGGCACGGCCAGAUGAUCUUCUCAUCUGCUCUUACCCCAAAGCAGGAAGCACCUGGUUGCAGGAGACUGUGAACAUGAUCCAAAAUGCAGACAAUCUGCAGAAAUGUGCUCAAGCCCCCAUCUACAAGCGGAUGCCCUUUCUGGAUAUGUUUCCUCCAAUCACCUUUCCUUCAGACUUGGACAAUGCUGAAGCAAGGCCUUCUCCACGCUCACUCAAAAGUCACCUCCCAGUUCAUCUUCUGGCUCCAUCCUUUUGGGAACAGAAGUGCAAGGUAAUCUAUAUUGCCAGGAAUGCAAAGGACACUGUGGUUUCAUAUUUCCACUUCCAUCACAUGAACAAAACCUUGCCCCAUCCAGGAAAUUGGGAAGAGUUUCUGGAUAAGUUUCUUGCUGGGAAAGUUAUCUGCGGCUCAUGGUUUGACCAUGUCUGUGGCUGGUGGGAGGCUAAGAAACGUCACCCGAUUCUCUAUCUCUUUUACGAAGACAUGAAAGAGGAUCCAAUUCGGGAAAUGAGGAAAAUAGCCCAGUUCCUGGGAUUAGAGGUUCGAGAACCAGUUCUGAAUCAGAUUUUGGAGCACACCCAGUUUGAGACUAUGAAAGGAAACAAAAUGGCUAAUUAUAGUAAUGUGUCUCCCUGUCUCAUGGACCAUACCGUGUCACCCUUCCUCAGAAAAGGUAUUGUUGGUGACUGGAAGGAACACUUCACAGUGUCUCAAAGUGAACAUCUGGAUGGCAUCUGUAGUCAGUUGCUGGAAGGCAGUGGCCUGACCUUCCGCACAGAACUGUAAAAGCAGGUCUGUCACUUCCAUAUAGUCUUCUCAAUCAAGCCUGCUUAAAUUAUUAAUUUUUCUUGCAUUUAAUAAAAUAAGCCAUGGAUCCACAACCAAAUGAGAAUCCAAGUUUUACUGUGCAUCUCUUUAAAAAGCUAAUUCUUGUUCAAAAGCAUUUGUCGUUGCCACUUAAAUUUCUUUUUGCUGAAAUUCUCUUAUUGGGUUGCUCUCUCUCUCCCUCUUUCUCUCUCUUCUAUACCAUAUGAAGUAUGUGGGAGGGCUGUCCAGUUUUUAAUUUAGACCUCUCUAAUUUUUACUUAAAUUUUCUUUUCAAUUGCUUAAAAAUUACUAGUAGGAAAAGCAUUUCAAAAGGAAAGUGGAAAAAGGGAAGGCGAUAGAUAGAAAUAACACUUUGCUGAUAUUCCAAUCCCACAACUGAGGGUCAAAUAUGGCUGUAUUUCAUUUUUAUGCUGUUUGGCUCAGCUUCUUUCAUGGAAGCUGGGGAUGAAAUUGGGAAAGAUUUCUCUCUCCCUGCACCUCUUAUCCAGCAUGCAGUAAGGAAAUCAAAUA